UACUACUUCUGCGCUCUUUUAGGAGGUAACGGAGGAGGUGUGAGCUUGCAUGCCAUCAUCAUGGAUUGCCUUUUUCUUCUGAUAUGGACUUUACCCAUCCCGCUGGUCGGCUGCACCUCAAGCAGGCUGCUCUCCACCCUCCUGUCCUGGAACAUUAUCAAGACGCUGCACAUUUACUGCUCCCACACCUCCUUCGCCGCCAGCUCUUCUUCCAGCAGCAGCCACGGAUUAAAUCAUGACUACGUGUUUGUAAUCCCAGUGGAGGUGGACUCUGAGGGAGGAUACCUGACCCACGAUGUGACCGGGCGAAGCCAUCGCAGCAGGAGGUCCCUCUCCUCUUCUCUGCACUACCGGCUCUCUGCCUUUGGCCAGGACAUGCACCUGGACCUGCAUCCGUCCCCUGUGGUCGGCCCGGGGUUCACCGUGCAGAAGCUCGGCUCGGACGGCAUCACCAGAGUGAUGGGUGAUGCGGGGUUUCACGACUGCCUGUAUCAGGGAUCUAUCCGAAACUUGUCAGCCUCCUCGGCAGCCAUAUCGACGUGCUCCGGACUGUCAGGUUUAAUACGUGUGUCUCAAGAGGAGUAUUUGAUUGCCCCACUACCCCAACAUCUGGCCACACAGCACAACUACAGCGUCCCCAAUGGUCACCACCCACAUGUUGUUUACAAACGCUCAGCGGAAGAUAUUGUCCAGAGAAGAUCUAGCAGCCCAUCAAUCAACAGUUCUUCCAGGCCUGACAACCCGUAUCUUCACCAUCAUCAUCAUCAUCAUCAGCACCAGCAUCAUCACCAUGACUUCCAGCAUGGAAAGCUGCAGAGACAACACUUCUGCGGACGCCGCAAGCAAUACGCUCCCAAGCCUCCCGCUGAGGACCGUUUCAUCAUGCCUGAUGAGUUUAUGAUGCCCGAGGUGGAAGGGUCAGGAAGGGUAAAGAGAUCACCCAUCAACUCCAACAGGGUGGGCAGUCUGAAUGUGGAGACCCUGGUGGUUGCAGACAGGAAGAUGCUAGAGAAACACGGCAGGGACAAUGUCACCACCUACGUCCUCACCGUCAUGAACAUGGUUUCCAGUCUUUUCAAAGAUGGCACCAUUGGGACCGACAUCAACAUUGUGGUGGUUAGCUUGUUACUACUAGAACAAGACCCGCUGGGCUUGACCAUAAAUCACCAUGCUGACCAGUCCCUCAACAGUUUCUGUCAGUGGCAAUCAGGUCUGGUGGGGAAAGGCGGUAAACGGCAUGAUCAUGCUGUUCUCCUCACUGGACUGGAUAUCUGUUCCUGGAAGAACGAGCCCUGUGACACUCUGGGUUUUGCCCCCAUCAGUGGCAUGUGCAGUAAGUACAGGAGUUGUACCAUCAAUGAGGACACAGGACUGGGCCUGGCUUUCACCAUUGCUCACGAGUCUGGACACAAUUUUGGGAUGAUCCACGAUGGGGAGGGCAAUCCUUGUCGCAAGACAGAAGGCAACAUUAUGUCUCCCACUCUGGCUGGAAACAACGGGGUCUUCUCCUGGUCCACCUGUAGUCGUCAAUACCUCAGCCGCUUCCUUGGAACAGCCCAGGCAUCCUGUCUGGUGGACGAGCCCAAGCAGAUUGGUCAGUACAAGUACCCUGAACAGCUUCCCGGGCAGCUGUAUGACGCAGACACACAGUGCAAGUGGCAGUUUGGCUCAAAGGCCAAGCUAUGCAGCCUUGAUUUUGUCAAGGACAUCUGCAAGUCACUGUGGUGUCAUCGCACUGGACACCGGUGUGAGACCAAGUUUAUGCCUGCUGCAGAAGGUACCAGCUGUGGUCCUGACAUGUGGUGUCGGCGGGGUCAGUGUGUUAAAUAUGGGGACCAUGGUCCCAGGGCUGUCCAUGGCCAGUGGUCAGCCUGGUCCCAGUGGUCCGACUGCUCCAGAACCUGUGGAGGAGGGGUCAUGUACAGGGAGCGCUCCUGCACCAGCCCAAGGCCACAGAACAAUGGUAAAUUUUGCUCGGGUUCCAGUCGGCUCAACCAGCUGUGUAACACCCGCCUGUGCCCUCUCAAUGCCGUGGACUUCAGGGCCCAACAGUGUGCUGAGUACAACAGCAAGCCCUUCAGGGGCUGGUACUACAAAUGGAAGCCUUACACCAAAGUGGAUGAUGAAGACAUCUGUAAGCUGUACUGCAUUGCAGAGGACUUUGACUUCUUCUUCGCCAUGUCCAGCAAGGUCAAAGAUGGCACCCCCUGCUCUGAUCACAAGGGAGAUGUCUGCAUUGAUGGAGUGUGUGAGGCAGUGGGCUGUGAUCAGAUUCUGGGUUCCAAGGCCUCUCUGGACGCCUGCGGAGUCUGUAAGGGAAAUAACUCCACUUGCAAGUUCUUCAAGGGCCAAUACACCCUUCAACACAGGGCCAAUGAGUAUUACUCCAUGGUAACAGUCCCAGCAGGGGCACGAAGCAUUCACGUUCAGGAAAUGGAGGUCUCCACCAGCUACAUAGCCGUCCGCUCCCUGAAAAGGAAGUAUUACCUGACCGGGGACUGGACUGUGGACUGGCCGGGAAAGUUCCACUUUGGUGGAACUGUGUUUGACUACCAGCGCUCUUUCAACAAGCCGGAGAGCCUGUAUGCUGCUGGACCUACUAAUGAGACGCUGGUGUUUGAAAUCCUCCUGCAGGGAAGGAACCCGGGUGUGGUAUGGGAGUACACUCUGCCUCGCACUGAGAGGAAACCUGACUACAGCUGGGGUGUAGUGCGCUCGGACUGCUCCGCUCCGUGUGCUGGAGGACGUAUCUCGACCAAGGCUAUCUGUCUGCAGGACCAGAAAGUUCAGGUCAACUCCUCCAUGUGUAACCCCCUUACCAGACCGACACUGGGCUCCCAUCUUUGCAACACACAGCCCUGCCCUUCAUACUGGGCAACAGGCGACUGGGGUCCGUGCAGUCGCUCCUGUGGAGGAGGCCAGCAGACGAGGACGCUGCGCUGCCUGAGGAAGGUUACCUACCAGAGGGAAGAGGUGGUGGCACACUCCCUCUGCCCCGUCAUUUCUCCGGCCCAAAUCCAGCCCUGCCACACCCAGGCCUGUCCGCCUGAGUGGAGCACUGGAUCUUGGUCACAGUGCUCCAAGACCUGUGGCCGUGGACUGAAGAAGCGGAGUGUGUUUUGCCGCAGCACAGAUCCGGGGGCCAAAGCAGUUGUGGUGCCCGACAGCAUGUGCAGACAGCACCACAGACCUAAAGCCCAAGAGACAUGCGUCCUGCGGCGUUGCCCCAAAAACGAAAGGCUGCAGUGGAUCCCCACUCCCUGGGGAGAGUGCUCCAGGUCUUGUGGCUCAGGAAUCCAGAAGAGAGAGCUUCGCUGCGGGGAGAGGGACUCACAGGGAGGGUAUGUGGAGUUCCCCGUACGGAGGUGCAGGAACAUGGCCAAACCUCUGGUGGAUCUCCAGCAGGGCUGCAACCGGGGUCUGUGCCCAGAGCUCCCUCGGGCCAUCCCUGGCAGAACUAACUCCAAUGCUGUGGUCCUAGGCUGGUACUCCUCUCCCUGGCAGCAGUGCUCUGUGUCCUGUGGCGGAGGGGUUCAGACUCGGUCCAUCCAGUGUCUCCGGCAAGGUCGCCCUGCAGCUGGCUGCUUGCCCCAUCAGAGGCCUGUCACUUCUAGGGCAUGUAACACACACUUCUGCCCCGCCGCUCCCCCUGCUCCAGCACAACGCUCUGGCUGGAUCACAGCUGCUGGAUCGACACUUAAAGAUGAACACUGUGUGGACCAUUUCAGCUGGUGCCACUUGGUGCCCCAGCACGGCGUUUGUAACCACAAGUUCUAUGGACAGCAGUGCUGCAAAUCGUGCUCCAGCAAGCGGCCGUAGAGCUCUGAUACAUCUGAGUCUAUGGCUUCAAGCCUCUUGAGGAAACAACACUUCAGAGGCCAUCGGGGGGGGGGGGUACUAUCAGGACACAAAACUGUGUGUUUUCUUCCUGGAGUACUUGACUAAUGAAUUUUGAAAGAAGUGAAAGCGAGAAUCCGUGGACUUUCUUAAAGAAAGCAAUGGGGCUGCUGAUGCUCAUCUGCCAAAGCGGUGUCAUCACGUCAUUAGUCGCCUUGAAACUGGAAAUGCAGAGCAUCUGAAGACCCGUUGAUGUAAUAUAUCCAGCAUCUUGUCAUUUUGCGGAGUGUUUUCUUUUUGAAACCUCUGAAACUACAAGCCAUUAAGAGAACAGGCAAGGACAAUUGCAUUUUCAGCUCGCUUGUACUGUAUGUUGUAUAUUUAAAGGCGUCUGGUUUCAUACACCUUUAUUUAAAUUAUUAUGGUUCGUAAUAUAUGAUUUAAUAUUUGUCAGGUGUACAGUGGAUCUGUGACAUGUUAUUUCUAUGUUGUGAUAUACCAUAGGAUUUUGCCAGUCACCCUUGAAUCCACGUUAUGAGAUUUUACAUGAGGCAUUAGUAAUCAAUUGGUCAGAAUUUCUUGCUCUCCUUCACACAUUCUCCGCUUGUCUUGUUUGCUGCUGCUGAAUCCAUGACGCAUCUUUCCUGUGCAUUCCAUUCAUGUAAACACUAUAAAACACACGUAUCUGUGAACGUAAAACAUUUUAUCCAGUCACGCUGUAAGUGGUUGUUUUUAU